AGCCUCUCGGCUCAUGAUGUCCUGCCCGGAGGCUCAAGAGACGUCUGUGCCGGCCCCGGUCUGCCAGGCAUGCGCUGGGCAUGGCUCGCGGCAUUUGCCGUCCUGGGCGUGCUGGCCGUCAUGCUGCCCCUCGGCCUGCGGCAGAUGGACCUGGCCUCCGACCAGGGUGCGCAGUUCUCUGUCGCUGCAGCCCUCGGGGCCCAGUCGGAGCAGGGCGGCCGUCUCGCGCUGCUGGAGGCCAGGCUGGACCAGGCCAUCGCGGCGCAGGCCCAGCGCGCCGACAGGCUCGAGCAAGAGCUUGUGGCGCUCAAGGAGCAGCGCGCUCCAGCGGGGCCCGGGUCUCCCAUCAGCGUGGAUGGCGUGGACCUGCCGCCUGCCCCCAUGGACCUGCCGCCGGUCCCCAAGGCGCCGUCAAUCAGCGUGGACCUGCCGCCGGCCCCCAAGGACUUGAAAGGGACGAGGAGCAUAUUGGAGGUCGCUGCGAAGGUCGAGAAGGGCGACUAUUACAAGCUGAACGACACCAAGAUAACGACCUGCUCGGUGCGGGCUGCCGCCAGGCCCGUAUGGGGACCUGCGCAGCCCAUUCAGGAGCCAGAGAUGCAGCCAUGGCCCGCCGACGCCCGCGGUGCCAUCGCCACGAGCUGGUCUGGGCCAGACAGGGAGCAGUGGAUUUGCCAAUGGAGGACGCUGCAGGAGUACUGUGCAAUGCACGGCUACACCCUGUACCCCAUAAACGAUACGGAGGAGUGGCAGGCGGAGCGUUUGCGUUCAGAUCUCUCGGCCCACUGGUUGAAGAUUCAGGUGCUUAGAAAGCUGCUGCUAAAGCACCCGUGGGUGUUGCACAUGGAUGUCGAUGCGAUGUUCCCCGAUGUGGCGAGCUCGCGUUCAGUGGAGGACGCGAUGGGCAGCGCCCUCAGCACCAAGUCCCUGAUCGUGACCGAGAGGAGGCAGUGGAACACCGACACCGUCUUCAUCAGGAGCUCGGCCUGGGGGCGCAGGUUCGUGGAGAACGUCUGGGAGCUCCGGCACGUCUGCCCGCACUGCAUCGGCGAACAGUGUGCCCUGGCCCUCGAGGUGCUGAACAACGUCAUCGGCCACCACCUCGACAUGGGCAACGCGGACAGCAGAACCAUCGGGCCCUAUGAGGGCUGGUCCUGCUGCCUGCCGCGGGCGCUCUGCGAGUGGCCCCUGUCGCGGAAGAGCGGCCCCAGGUUCCCCGCGGGCGGCCGCGGCAACCGCAACGUCUUCUAUUGCACGGGCGCCUGGAUGACCGAGUACUUCAACAAGGGCGGUGGGCCAGCAAACCGCAAGGACCCGCAGCUGGAGCCAGCGCCCAAGAACGACCACCCGCACAUCCUCUUCUGGGAGCAGUUCCGCAGGUCACUAGGGAUCCGGCACCCCUCGAAGACCCGCACGUCGUGCGAGUGCUUCAAGGUCCGCGUCCACAACGAGACGGCCGAGCAGGCGUACAAGAGCUGCAGAGACUGGAAGCGGUAAAACAGCUCGAACGAUGCUGCUGCUGCUGCUGCUGCUGCUGCUGCUGCUCCCACUCCCCAUCACCCCCUUCUCGCAGCGGCAUGGGUCGCCUCAUCUCCUCUUUCCUCCUCGUCUCGAG